CCUUCUUUCCAUUAUUUUCAUUAUAUGAGCAUAUAAACCUAAUAAUUUGAGUUAUAUAUGCACAUUCCCACUUCCAAUCCGCGUAUUAUACCAGAAAUUGACUAAUCAUUCAGGAGGACUACCCUCCCAUGAGUUGACAUUCAUAAGUAGCCACCGUCAUAAUGGCAGAUGAAAGGGACGAUCAAGAGGAGCCAAUGGGAGAAAAUAGCACGUCCGAGGAAUCAAGUUUCAAAGGUCGUCUUCAACUGAAGAACUUCAUGUUCACAGGAACAAGCAACAGCUCAUCUUCAUCAGAACCAAGGCGAAGCCAAAGGCUGACAAUGACUCAAUCCACUCUCUCAUUCCAGCAUUCAUCGCCUUCCAAAUCCAAAAAGCGAAAAACACCAACAGAGUCCCCAGAACCAGAAAACAAGAAACCCAAUCGUAGAAAAGCCACCACACUUACAUCUACACCCACACCCAUUUCCUCGUCCCCCUCUCCCAAAAAGAAACGCACCCGCAAAUCAUCCUCCUACGCCCCACCCUCAACCUACGCGCACCUGCCCCUCCUCCCCGACGCCAUCGCACCAAACCUGCUCAUCCUAACCAUCGGCCUCAACCCGGGCCUCCAAACCGCACGAACCGGCCACGCCUACGCGCACCCGUCAAACCUGUACUGGAAACUCCUCUUCAGCUCCGGCAUAACCCCCGAACGAUGCAGCGCGCAAGAAGACCAAACGAUGCCAGCGCGGUUCAGUCUAGGGCACACCAACAUCGUCGCGCGGCCCUCGCGCAACGGCGCCGAGCUGAGUAAAGCGGAGAUGGACGAGGGGGUGGCGAUGCUAGAGGAUAAGUGUCGGAGGUGGAGGCCCGAGGUCGCGUGUGUGGUCGGGAAGAGUAUCUGGGAGAGCGUGUUUCGCGUCCGCCAUGGACGGGCGUUGAGGAAGGGGGAGUUUAGCUACGGGUGGCAGGAGGAGAGGAUGGGUGUUAUUGAGACUGGUGAUGGUGAGGAAGGCGGCUGGGAGGGCUCGAGGGUGUUUGUGGCGACGAGUACUAGUGGGCUUGCGGCGACGCUGAGACCGGAGGAGAAGGAGCGGAUUUGGAAGGUUUUGGGGGACUGGUGUGUGCGGAGAAGGAAGGAGAGGGAGGAGGAGGCUGUUGAUGAUUCUGUGAAAGUUGAGGUGCUGGAAUAGACGUGCUUGAGGAAGGUUCCGCUGUCUCUUUUAUCAUUAUGGUCAGCGAGGAUCGAUGGUAAGGAGCUACACUUUGCUAGAUUUUAUGCGAUACCCCCAACCGAUAGACAUGUAUAACUGUGGCUUUAGCUAUAAACUACUGUACUCUCACUAUUAGGCCAUUUCAUGUAUUGAAGGUAUAUCACUUAUAAAGGGAGGA